AAAAAAUGUCUGCAGUCUGUUGAUUGUUGACACUUUACUGUCAAAGCUUCACUGUUUUUAAAUUUGUUUGAUCCGGUUAGAUCAAUAAAUGGGAGUAUACUUUAUCUAAACCUCAUAAAUAAUAUAUAGACUUCAAUAUCCAUAACUGUAUUUCAUUACCAGUAAACUGUCUUAAUAACUAAUGAUCUAGAGGUCAUGGCUUCAAAAAAAAAACAUCUUCACGAUGAAAGUGUUUACGAUCUUAUUUCGGAGCUGUGCAGCAAAACAGCUUCAAAGUACUGCAUACAAAGUAGGAUAUCACAAAACAGAUUGGUUUCUAAGAUGAGAACUCAUUCCUAUGAGAUCAUUUUAAAAAAGACGUCCAAAGAUUUGCCUGCAUGUAAAGGAGAACCCAUCAUAGAUUUAUUAUCACAUUACUUCGUACUGCAACAAAAUGCCAAGAAUGUUGCCGAAUAUAAGAGAUCUGUGGAGCUUAAGAAGGCAAUAAGCACAAUAAGAAAUGCAAAUUUCGGUGAGGAUAAAGAAAGUGUGUAUAGAGUUUUGAGAUUUCUUGUAGGAAUGAGGAAUGCAGUACACGAAGAUCUUUCCGCGGAAAUGUUUCAGAGACCUUUUACAUUUGGCUUAUUGGAUGAAAUGCUACCAAAGCUGAAACCAGAAGUGUUUGGGUCACCACAGCCAUACUCAUAUUUCCCUUCACAUGUUUUUGAGUUACCAUAUUCUAUAAAACGACAAGGACCUUCAUUAUAUAAGCAGAAGUCACAAGUCUAUACAGAAUACACUGUGGAGAGUUUUGAUUCAAGAUCUUUUUUGCCAGAAGCUACACAGGCAUCCUAUCAGACUGGCGGUUCAGUUGAAGUGAAGACAUUCCUAAGUCCAAUGUCCUUAGCAUCUCUCACUUCUACACAUCUUUCGCCAUACUCUGAGAGCACAAUAUUCAAUUGUCCAAGAUUGACAGCACCUAGAGACUUGCAGUUACCUACAUCAACAAACAUGAAUGUUAAUGUGAAGGUGUCAUAUGCCAGCGCAGAUGCUCAGUCAGACAUACAAGAAGUGUUCAGAGCUAACACAGAAGAAGAAUCAAUAGACAUUUGGGAACUGGCAACACAAAUUGAUAAGAAUGUGCCUGACAAUAUAUGGGAGAUAGUUUGUAAAAUGCCACCAAUUAACGAAAGGCAGCUUAUAGCAACGUCGCCCAGAGAAAUGGCAUUAUGGCGACGCACUUACACUGAUAUGCUUUCCGAACUGAAUAUUGUAUCAGAGAAACAGUUCAUCAGACAUAUUAUGUAUUUGAUAAUUGGAGUAGAAACAAGUUCAUUCCCGUUCAGUGAAGACUCGAACUGUUUUUACAUGAAAGAUAAUUUAGUGCUUGAAGGCAUAUCAAAAGAACGUCUCAGAGGCUAUAUCACAGAUUUAUUACUUGUUGGAACAUAUUAUCGACGACUUUUUAAAUUUGCAUUUAAUCAAACACUAGAAGAUCAUUUUCAUAGUAAUGGACUUGUGUAUGAGGCUGCCCGGGAAGUUAUAAGACGCUAUUUAUUAGAAUUCCGUUUGCUGGCAACGGAAAUAUAUGAAGAAUGCUGCAAGAGUGGUUCUGAAGACAUUAAUUGUAUGCCGACGUUGCUGCAAAUAUUGUAUCACAUGGAACCUCUCAAAUAUGAGAUAGAAACAAUUGUGUCUAUUUAUAAAAUGAUUGAUACAGAUACAAAAUCAACCUUACCUCAUGGUGCAGAACUGAUGUCCUAUUUAUUUAAUGAAAUAUCACUAGUUACACAUGAGAGGACCGCUGUCACGAUGUUUAAUUCUUUAUUCUCCAUCUGCAAGGUUUAUUUUAAAUUCAUAGAACGAUUCAUAUUCGAAGGUGAAUUAGACGACAGGUACAAUGAGUUUUUUAUAAGAAAAGAUUCGCAAUAUGUGAACUGUCGAUCUAAGAAGUACUGGGACAAAGGAUUCCACAUUAGUCAAAGUUUAGCCGUGCCAGACUUCCUAAGGCCAAUGGCAAAGUUCAUACUUCUCUGUGGGAAAUCUUUGAGAUUGUUAAAACUCUGUAAUCCAAGCGAUCCCCUAGUACUGCUUAUUUCAUCCGACCACCCAUCUGUCACGUGUUGUACGAGUUUCGAAGAGUUGGAGAGGCAGCAGCAAGUACUCGACGUGUAUAGGACAAGGUGUUUGUUUGUCACCGGAGAAUUGGUUACAUUCGAUCAGAUACUCCUAAAGAGGGAGGCAGAGAGAAAAGCCUUUACUGAAAUGGCCUCAUUGAAACAGGCUGAAACACUGGAGAAAAUUGUUGCGGAAAGAAAGAGAUUGGCGCAGUUGAUAAUAGCUGAAAAGCAGCAUUCGUUAAGGGUCCUAGAGGCGGCGAUGGCCGAGGCAAAAGCAGCCAAAAUGAAAGCAAAACAACGGGAGAGAAAAAUAUGCGAACUGGAAAAAGCUGCUGACAAGGCCGCAGAAGAAGUGGAUUCUAAACUCAGAGAUAGUGAAAGGAACAAAAUCAUGGAAUAUUAUUCAAGACUAAAUAUGGAAGUCGAGAAAAGCAAAAUGCACACAGAAUGGAAAAUAAAACGAUUACAAUUAGAUCAAAGUAGAAUACAAUUGCUAUCAACAGAAGAAAGGAACUUAAAACGUGAAAAAUUGGAACUAGAGCAUCAGAAGAACGAGGAAAUGAUGGCAAUGUCCGUUCAAAGUAUAGAAAUGAAAUCAUUAGAUGAUCAAGAUUCUAAAGCAGAUACUGUGGAAGAUGUAGAGAUAGAUAAAAUGACAGAAUCAACUUCGUCUGCCAUAACAAUGGCAGAGCCGGAUGAACCACAAACAACUGAAUGUGAACAGAACAAAAAUAAAAUGCAAUCAUCGAGUGACGUUUUCAGUGCUAUUUGCAAUGUGGCUAAAAGUUUCUUUGGUGUUUCCAAAAGCAGCGAGGAUAAAAAUUGCGACAACAAAAAGCAACUUGAUUCUCAAGGUAAUAUUGUAACCAGUGAAGUAAAUUCUAAUAACCAAGCAACAUCGAGUGAAGUCAUAGGCAGUCAUGUUUAUGAUGAUAUUUUGCAAUACCAAAGAAUGAAACAAGAGGCACAAGUAAACAAACAAAAGGUUAUGGCUCACGAAUUUGGACAACUUGACAAAGAAAACAAUCAAGUUAAGGAUCCACCACUCAUAAAUAUAGCGUCUGUUGACGAAGAAAACAAUGUACGAGAGGCAUGGUUGCCGUUCGUGGAAGCUAAACGGAAUAAAAUGAAAGUUCUUGGCGCUGAAUUUGGACUUAAGCCUGAAGAGAGACCAAUAGUAGUAGAACCUCGAACAGACGCGCAAAAAGAGGCGUUGAUAAACAAGCAAAAAGUUUUAGGAGUGGAAUACAAUCUUCCUGCAGAAAUUGUACCCAAGAAGGAACCAGCAAACGUAGCACAAGAAGAAGCGUUGCGUAAUAGAAAGAAAGUGUUAGCUUCUGAUUACGAAGACAGUUUGUCGAGCCCCAAGCGUGAAAUUGCCAAGAGGUCUGGUCUAACAUUAAAUCUGAAGCCAUAUGGACAAGUACAAGAUGCCAAUAGUCUAGGAACCACACCCAAUACCGGCACAAUUACGCCAGGAGAAUUGUUUCCAAGGCUGGACUUGGAAACUCCGACAACAGCGGAUGUUCCAAUGGAAGGUCCAAUGACAAGCGAUAUUUUUACACCAAAGAGCGAAGGCAGCAAAGAUUUAGAGUCCAAAACGAAAGCCGAUAAAGAGUUCCUAACUGCAGAUGGGUUUAAUUUCCCCAUUAUGGUAGAUGACGAAGCGGCAGAUCCCGAAGCAAUAAGCGACAUCCAGACAGGAGAUUCUGCUGACGGUUCUCCAUCAAAAAGCAUUGAUAUGCACAUAAAAGACUUUAAGAGUAGAAAUUCAUUUUUCAACAUACUCGAUGGUUCCUACAGUUUGGAUGACUUCGAUCCUUUCGGUGUAAAAGAAUUGAGAAAUUAUUCCAGUGAUCACUUUAAUAGUAAAAUGAAUUUAGAUAACUCACCGUCUUCGUACACACAUCCCGCAAUUAUUAUGGAGGAAGUAAAGAAAAAGCCAUACGCGAAUAUAUUUGCGUCACAUUUUGGUGUCGAAAAUGAAGAUGAGAAGACUAAACAUUGCGAUAAUAUUGCGACGUUAACCGCCUGUUUACAAAGAUCGGUUAUGCUGCCGCUCACAUAUCAGUUGGAAGUUGUGAAUAAUUCAAUUUUAACAUAUUUCCUAGUGAACUUAGAUAUGUACGAACAUUUACGGAGUUUGAAGGAUUAUUUCUUUUUGAUGGACGGCGAAUUUUCUAGAAGCAUUUGCCACAAUCUUUUCGCCAAGUUGUCUAAGACCUUGAAUCCACAAGAGUUGUUGAAUUUUGCCACUUUACACAACAUACUUGAUAAGGCACUCGGAUCUUCGAUAUCUCAUGUUCACAAAUUUUCUGAAAACCUAUCAUUUACAAUAACAGACUCUCCGCUAAGUUUUCAACAUAGCUCCCCAGACGUUCUACAAUGCUUGUCGUUAACGUAUUCUGUAAGCUGGCCGCUGAACAUUAUACUGUCGCAAGAAGCGCUGGUGCGUUAUGCUAAGGUGUUUCAGUUUUUAGUCAAGAUGAGACGAACUUUUUGGGUUUUGGGUGAAGACUUCGAGAGUCUCAAACUAUCAGCAAAAUUGUCAAAUCAGCACUCACGUAAACUCCUGAGGUCUCCGCAAUACAUUUCAAUACAAAUAUAUCGGCACAUCAUGGCGUCCAUGAUUCGGGCACUCGACAAUUACAUAGUAACAACGUGUAUUCUAUCAUCGUGGACGGAGUUCGAGAAUGAUCUAAAGAAAGCUAGAACUCUUGAUGACUUGUAUGAAUGUCAUGUGGUGUAUAUAAAGAAAGUAUUGUUUCGAUGCUUGCUGAAUAAUCGAUCGACGCCAGUGAUGAAACUAUUGAACGAUAUGUUCACGGUCAUUUUGAAGUUCAGCCGUGUUUUGAAAGCUGGCGAAUGGCAACCAAAAGAACCGAAUGGCCAUUUCACGCAUUCAAACUUCGCUCAACUGGACGAAUUGUUCCAUUUGUUUGCGAAGCUCGCGAAAUACUUACACAAAGUGAUCACAAAGUUAAUGGAGUGCGGAUACCAGAGACAUCUAGCGGAAUUACUUACUAUGGUGAACUUCAACGGUUAUUAUGACGUGGACAAGUGUAAAGAGGAGAAUACAAGUGUGCAGUCAACUUGAUUAGGUAUUUGAUUGAUUGGAGAAAUCAAAUACAGAUUAUAAAGUCAUUUAGAUGUACAUAAAAAUCUAUCACAUAGAUUUUUGUUUAUUUUAACUAAUAAUUUCGAAUGAGGAAGGUUCGGGUUGUCUACGUAUCGAUUUUUUAUUUUAUCCGAUUACUGCUUCAUCUAUAAAUGUAACGACAAAGACUUGUUUUAAUCUAAACAUUUAUGGGCCUAAUGUUUUAACAUCACAAAGUUUUCAAAAAUUUAAUAUAAAGAUUUGAGUUAUGUUAUUCAAUGUAUUGAUAGCAGUUAAUUUUACAUUCAACACUGAGCCCUGUAGCGUGUACAAAAAGUCAUAUAUUUGCAUAUCAAUGUACAUUGAUACCUGUGAUAUCUAUACAUGUCAUACAUCAUUCUUGUGUAUAAAAUUAUAAUCGAACUAAUUACAUAAACAUAUUUGCAACAUCCCUUGUUUUACCAAUGAACACAUUGUUAUGUUUUAAUCAAACAAAAAAUAACGCUUUUGUCUCGAAAUGAUUUUUUAAAUCGUAGUCUUGAAGAAGGCAAAUCUAUACAUUUCAACGAUAAUUUUAAAAUUAGGAUCGUAGUAAUAAUAGUGUCAAUUAAAUAUCAAUGUUUUUCUCUGUCUAAAUAUUCAAUACUUAAUUGUAAUCCGUUUUGAAAUACAAGAAGCUGACUGCUAAUCUAAUAACAACGAAAAGGCACUUAAAGAAGAAGAAAAAUAUAUGAUGAAUCUGAAAUGAUAUCGCUGAUCGAAAGCUAGCAAGAAUCGACAGAAGUUUUCAAAUCGACCUGGUAAGCGGGUGUUGAUUUAAUUUGAAUCCAUUCAUAAAAUUCGCCCCCAGUCGAGAGGUCGAUAGUUUUUGAGUAUCAGUAUUUCAUACCUAAAAUUUUAUGUAAUAGAAUUUCGAUGUAAUGGAAUUAAAACUUAGUAUCGAUGUUUGAGGUUAAUAAAUCAAACCCUCACUGUUAACUAAUCGAUAAAACAUCGGAUUCUAUAUUCAUCUAUAAAUUAUUGAUAUGUGAGUAUGUAAAAAUAAAUGUAUUUGCUUUUUAUAAUUCGAGACAAAUAGGUUCACAACCUAUUUGUCUCGAAUUUCGAAUUUGUAGGAAAGAUUAAUGUUAAUGUUACUUUUCGUUGGUUGUUUCUUGUUUAGAUGGUUAGUACCAGUUUAUUCGGUUAUUAAGAGAAACCGUUGUUUUUGCAGAAUGCACAAUUUUAUUAAAAAAUAUUUUAUAGAAAUUAAUAAUUAUAUGCCAUUUAGAGCUCCUUUAGAAGUUGCUGGGGCAAAAUUGUUGCAUAAACAUGGAUUAGUACAGUCAGACACAAAACUAGCUAAAUGAAAAAACGUAAUCGUUUUAUUUUUUCUUUAUUUAAAAUAAACUAAAGCCUUUGAAGUUUAUAUCAGUGAAGAAAAUACGAUUGUUGAUAAGGACAAACGUUUGAAGUCAAUUUGAAAUUUUGAAUUUGUUCAGCUAUUUUUGUUGCUGACUAUACGUAUUUCACUUUACAGGGAUAACAUCCAAGGCUGCACUACAAAAGUAUAAUAGACAAUUAGGGUAAUGACGGCUUUGUAAUAUUUCCAUAUUCUUUAACGUCAGAUAAUAAAAUUCUAUGCUCGGUUCAAUGUAGCGACAGUUUUGAAUAAUAUACCUAAUGUGCCAAAUUCCCCAAUUUUGUUAUAAUAUGCAAGCCGUUUUCAAUUGUUACGAAUCUCAGUAAUUGAUUGAUAUUGUUUCGAGUUUUCUUAAUCAAUUUUCGAAAACUAUGAAGACUGAGUGUAUUAUUUCCUUUAUAUUAAAAAAAAAAUAAAAUAGAAUCAUGUUAUAAAUUUACUAGUGUUGUAGGUAUGUGCCUGAUGGCCUAUUGUAAAAAUCUCACCUAACCACAGUAGGUAAUCUUUGAUAAUUGUUCGCAGAUUAUUAGGCAGGUGCAAAUGGAUUAAAAUUUAUGUAACAAAUUGUCCUAGCUUUCAAAAUAUACACAUUGUAACUUCGUUUUAUUAAUGAUGUGGAAAAUGAAAAUGUAAAUUUACAUGUUUUCGGACUAAAAAUUUUCAAAGAAAUUAAUUAAUUAUAAAGGCCAUAAAGUAAUUACGCAAUAAGUAGUUACUUUUAAGUAUCCAUUUGUCCUUGGCCAACUCUAAUACUGUAAUUAUACUCAUUAGAGAUAACAAUAUUAAUUGUGCCCACCUGUUAAUCAUGUGAUAGUAUGCCUUUAUUUUAUUUUUAUUAUUUAUAUUAGUUAUAUCGCCUUAGUAUAAUCACAAACGUCUACACAUAAGUCGAUACGACAACUCUGUUAAAUCUUCGUUAACUAAUAAGAUGGCUCGUUUUAUAUUAAUUUUAUUGUGCUUGUAAUAAAAUGCUUUUUAACAA